AUGGGGGCGGGCGCGCACGUGACGCCGACGAAAGGUGCCAGGAAGCGGAUCACGAAGUCGCAAAUUAUCAACCUCAUCAGGCGCAUCAUGGGCGUCGGAGCGGCUCUCAUGUGCUUGACCAACUACCUGCGCGCAACAAUCGUCACGUUCCAGGUGCUACGAGGGGAUCCGAUCGCCUCGAGGUCUUUCGGAACAAUGGAGUCCGAGCUCAUACUCGGAUACGUCGGGGGCGGGCUAAUCCGUGACAGUCUGCUGGUUCAAACUACGCUCAAGGGUGACACGACUCCAAGAGACUACGCGCUGUUUCUCGAGAACGAGACAGCCACGUCGACGGAGAAGUGUGGAUCAGUCGAGGCGUUUAAUGCUGAUAUUUACAGCAACUCAUUCCUCCGAGCCAACUUCGACAGCAUCGUGGCCAGAGGAUCCUACAACCUCACGCAACUAGCUGACUUCGAGCUUGUAGUGCCCGUCAUCGACUGCACGUCGCCCCCUCUGGUUGAGGAAGAUCCGUCCUUGCUUCGAGUGUUCAACGUCGUGCGUCGGAAGAGCGAUCCGUCAGACGUACAGCUCCUCACCACCUCGGUAUCGAUUCAAGACUACCGCAUCCCUGAGGCAAACCGGUUCGGACCAGCCAUUGUGACGACGCUCUUCACUGUGAGCGAUAUGAGCGCCACCACCGUGGACCAGAACAUCGUCAUCGGAUUGGACUAUGCCUACACGCACGACCCGCUCUACGAAGUGUACACGCUCGAGGGCAUUUCAACGAAUGGCUACUGGAACCUCACGAGUAUCCCGGAAAGCUCGAUCGUGAACCCUGUCAAGACGGUGCUCACUGCACGGCGACGCGGAUUCUACUUGGGGGCUGAGUCGGAGCAGUCGAACAUCCGAAACCUCGUAUGGACACUGGAGGAGUCCGACCCAGCGCGAGCAUUGUCGCAAUGGGAAUGGAGAGGAAAACCAGUCAUUCUCGACUCGUGGGCUUGGGUGCACAGCAUCCACUUGAUCUUCUGCGUGCAGACCAUCUUCUCCCUCAGUGUGCUGGCGCUCAUUGUCUACCGCAACGUCCGCGAGGGGAAAGUCUGGGUCGGCGACGCCUUCGCGGCCUUGUCCAAUAGCACGCUCAUGAUUCGAGGCUUGCUCGUGUUUGCGUCCUGGUAUGUCAACGGCGAGUGGACCUUGUUGGAGUUCUGCAUCUCGAACGCCAACGACCUUACGGGCACCCAACUCGUUCCGAUUCACUCGGAAAUCGUGCAUGCAGACCUGAUGGUGAUGUUCUUGAGUCUAUUCGGGCUUGUCGGCCACAUUGCAAAGGAACGAAUUGAUCCUAUGGUUGGAGUGUUCCUGUUUGAGGCUAUUCACGACAACCGCCAGCCGAUCGUCAAGAUGGCUCCUGCAGUGUUUCAGAGGGUCCGAUCCUACUCGGAUAAAGAAUACCGACUAGGAAUUGCUGCUGUCACCGAAGCACAGCAGGCGAUGUCCCCGAUGCGCCUCUGGACUACGGACAAGCUUACUUCUGUGGACAAUGGGUUCGUGGUGUCGUCGUUCUACCCGAAGUACAUCCUCAUGGGCACGUUGAUCUCCUUUGUGGUGGUGCGGAAGAUCUACAAGCGCAUUUACCCAGACCCGUUAGCCCCCAGCAUCACGGGGAGAAGCGGGGAUCGAUCCACGAACGAGCGCGCAGCCAUUGCCCAGAAGGGGAAUCUCACCAACUUUGAAGUCUCGACUGGUGCAGAACUGACGACGCGCUACGGACUCAUCUCCGACUACAAGAACUACGUCUUCUUCAAAGGACUCAAGUUCGCGUCCCCCGACGGCGUGUACUGCUCGGGCUACGUGGUGGUCAAUGGCAAGUACCUUGUUGCGACGGAGGAUAUUCUAACCAUCGCCAUGAUCAAGGCAGUGCAGACGCGCUUCAUCAACGUGUACGCCUACGAGGUAGAUGGAUACACAGUCCAACGCACAGCAAGGCUGGUAUACCCGAACACGUUCACGUGGAACGACCUCUUCCGCCUCAACAUCAACAUCCUCGCGUAG